AUGCCCACCAGAUUGUAUCCGAUAUCUAUUCUCAUGCACUUCAGGCCUUGCACACAGAUGCUGAGAAAUCUCGCCUUCAGUUCACACUGUAGGGCAUUGGUCAAUGAUGCAUUUCCUCUUAUUCUGGCCUUUGAGCUUGGAGAUGAAGAAUACCCUGUAUUGAAAGAGUGGGUUUACAAAGUAGCUGAGAUAUUGAUGGAGCUUUUACAACAAACACAAGAAGCCGAAGGACAUCCAUCGACGGGUUUUAGGGAAUCAAAUGUCCGGUUCAUGAAGCCUGUUAAUAUCCAGCGAACAGGGAAGAGAGGUCGACCGCGGAAAGUACCUGAUGAAAACCUACUAGAGGAAGCUUUGCACCUAACCGAAAUAUAA